AUGAGUUCGGCUUUUGGUGGCCUUCUCUUUCUUGAGAGUCCUGCUGUUGAAUUGAAUUCCAUUAGUGUUAGCAUAAAGAAUGUUGUUCUAACACCUGCCUACGAUAUUAUGGAUCCCAAUCGAGAUAAACAUUGGGACGAUCUACGUGUUCGCGCACAGGGAAUAUGGGCAGACAUAGCUGGCCAAUAUAUUGUUUUCAAUCUGCCUUCGCAAAGUGUACGUGAUUUAAACAGUGCUCAAUUAGAUCGAGCUCUUCGUUUUUGGGAUACUGUAGUACUGACUCACCAUGACUUGAGAGGUACUACACCGGUACGUCGAGAACGCAUCGUAUGCGAUGAACAACCAGUAACUGGCUACAUGCAUGCUGGCUAUCCGAUUGUCACUCAUUUGGAUAUAACUGACCCAAAAUCUGAAUAUUUCUUACUGAAUAGUGAUAUUUUAGAAAAGAAAGGCUUUUGGGGUGUUUUCCAUGAAAUUGGUCAUAAUAUGCAGCGCGACUGGUGGAGUUCAUGGAUUGGUGGAAAAUUAUCACGAUACAAAGAUUGUUGA